GGCGCGGGGCGGCGAGUCCCGAGCCGCCGGCCGAGGGGAGGCGCGCACCGCCCGACUCGCCCUUGCUCUCCGGCCCCCGCCUCCCCCGGGAGCCAGCCGGACCUGCACCCCGCGCUGGCCCCCGUUCCUCCUCCCCCCGCCCGGCCCGGCGCGCUCCUCCCCGGCCGGCCCCUCGGCGCGCGGCGCGCUGGAGGCGAACGCGGGCUGAGCCGAGCGCAGUGGCCGCCGACCACCGAGCGCCCCGCGCCGCUCCCUGCAUGUGCGGCCCGCGGCGGCUCGCAGCCCCCGGCAGCAGCCUCGGCAGCUUCGGCCGCGCCUCGAGAGGCGGCUGCAGCGGCUCCAGCGGCGGCCGAGUGGCCGAGCCCGGGCUGGGAGACACGAUGCGCCGCGUCCUCCGGCUGCUCCUUGGCUGCUUCCUCACCGAGCUGUGCGCCCGCGUGUGCCGGGCGCAGGAGCGAGCGGGGCACGGGCAGCUGGCGCAGCUGGGCGGCGUGGUGGUGCUGACGGGGGGCAACCGCUCCGGGGCCGCCUCCGGAGAGGUCGGCGAGGGCGUGGGGGUCUCGGACGCGCCCCCGACCCGGGCGCCCACGCCGGACUUCUGCCGGGGCUACUUCGAUGUCAUGGGCCAGUGGGACCCGCCGUUCAACUGCAGCUCGGGCGACUUCAUCUUUUGCUGCGGGACUUGUGGCUUCCGGUUCUGCUGCACGUUUAAGAAGCGGCGACUGAAUCAGAGCACCUGCACCAACUACGACACUCCGCUCUGGCUCAACACCGGCAAGCCCCCGGCGCGCAAGGACGACCCCCUGCACGACCCCACCAAGGACAAGACCAACCUGAUCGUUUACAUCAUCUGCGGGGUGGUGGCCGUCAUGGUGCUCGUGGGCAUCUUCACCAAGCUGGGGCUGGAGAAAGCGCACCGGCCCCAAAGGGAGCACAUGUCCAGGGCCCUUGCAGACGUCAUGAGGCCACAGGGCCACUGCAACACUGACCACAUGGAGAGAGAUCUCAACAUUGUGGUCCACGUCCAGCAUUAUGAGAACAUGGAUACCAGAACCCCCAUAAAUAAUCUUCACACAACCCAGAUGAACAACGCAGUGCCCACCUCCCCUUUGCUCCAGCAGAUGGGCCACCCGCAUUCCUAUCCCAGCCUGGGCCAGAUCUCUAACCCUUAUGAACAGCAGCCACCUGGCAAAGAGCUCAACAAAUACGCCUCCUUGAAGGCAGUCGGAAGUUCUGAGGGUGACUGGACAGUGGCGACACUUCAGUCACCGAAAGCCGACAAGGUAAACGAUGACUUCUACUCCAAGCGACGGCACCUGGCUGAGCUGGCUGCCAAGGGGAACUUACCUCUGCACCCUGUAAGAGUGGAGGAUGAGCCACGGGCUUUCAGCCCUGAGCACGGCCCCGCCAAGCAGAAUGGACAGAAGUCCCGCACCAACAAGACGCCCCCCCACCCCCUGGCCUACAACUCCACUGCCAACUUUAAGAGCUGGGACCCCAAGGAUCAGUCUCUCCGGCGGCAACAGGCUUAUGGGAACAAGGGCAAGCUUGGCACGGCUGAGUCAGGCUCCAGCGACCCCUUGGGAACUCGCACCCCGCACUACCCACCCCCACAGCCAUACUUCAUCACCAACAGCAAAACGGAAGUGACUGUCUGAGGUGUCGCCACAGGGGACAUCCUGGAGACCACACUCAACUGAGAGAGGCAAAAAAUACCCCAGCCCACGUCUUCCCUGUCCCCCGCCAGCACACCCACCUACACACUCACCCUCCACACUGACUGAUGAUAAACCUACUGGUGACAUGGAAUCAUGCUUUUCCUGCGUCCUGCCUAAUGUGUGUCGGCGGGCAGCUGAGCAAGACUGGAGCGUGGACGGUCCAUGGUGCAGCCAAGGGGUAACUGAGACACCCUCUUUGAACUUCAGGGCUGAGGUGGCCGACCCACACGCCCAAACCAUGGGGCUGAUUUUUUUUCUUUUCCUCCUAACUUGAAACUGAAAUCCAUGAUGAAAAAAAGGUAGCACAAUUUAGAGAAAUUGUCCAGUUGAGCACAUAUACCAUUUACCACAUGUUGUCUGUUUCUGGGUGAAAAAGUGAGAAAAGGGUGGGGUAGAGAAAAGGGGUCGUGUGUGCCCGUGAUAAGCAUUUCCUAAUCCCAGGAAGUAGUGAUAUGGACACAGAACUUUGCUAAGCAUGAGGUAGUAACUGGACCCCACCACCACCACCACCAUGCUUUUAGUACUUUUCAUAUUAUCAAGGUUGGAAGCAAAAACAACAUACACUCAAACUCACAAAAAAUAAACAGACCCUGAACCCACCCCAGUGAUGGGAAAGAGAGGACAUUUUUAGACAACUCCCAUAAAGACUGUGGAAAUGGGAGGGCUAGGCUUGUGUGGCAGGAAAAGGGUCCAGAGGGUCUUCAAUAACUAUUUUUUAAAAAAGAAAAAUACAAUAGAAUCCCACUACCAAACAGACAAGAACAGCAAAGUAAUUUUUGUCCAACAUUUUCAAGACCUAGGAAAUCAACAACGUCAUCAAGAACAAACAAAAUUCACAGUUGAGAUGUCAACGAGAGGCGAGAAGGGACACAGAGCCUGUGAUUUCUGGCAUUGCCCCCUUGCCUCUGAGACAAGAAACAGACACAAAACCCAGUCCUCUGUUAACUGUCUAUCCCUGACUCCCUUCCCUUUCAGCCUGUUGCUGCCGCCGCCGCUGCCAAAUUUCAACUGCUUUGGACUGAAAAUGUCAUAAGCGUGGGUGGUGCCUUCAAUGUGUCACUGUUGAAUGACAGUCUUGUUUCUCAAGUGCAACCUGUGUUCUUUUACCUUCCUCCCUCCUGUCUUUCUGCAGUAGUAGAAGUUGUUUCCAUCUUCCUUUUGUUGGUGAGCCCACCCCAUCACACACUCUGAGGGGGCUGUUGCAACUUGCAAAGACCAAGACCUCCUUACCACCCACACCCUCAAAACUCCAUGAGUCCCAUGAUCUUUUAGCUCCCCAAGCACUUCUGGGUCCCAUGAUUCCCACUGUCCCUCCAAACCACCUCGCCAGAUACUGUGGUACAUUCAUCCCCGACUCAUGAUCCCCCAAGGUGGGUGUUCAGAUUGGUUCUCAUAGCUAAAGGACGUCGAAACAAAGACAGUUUUCCUACUAGUUUGAUUUGUUUGGUGGUGGUGGUUUAGUCAUUAAGUCACAUCCGACUCUUGCCACCCCAUGGACUGUAGCCUGCCAGGUUAUUCCAUCCAUGAGUUUUCCCAGGCAAGAAUAUGGAGUGGGUUGCCAUUUCCUUCUCCAGGAGAUCUUCCCCACCCAGGGAUCAAACUUGCAUUUCCUGCAUUGGCGGGCAGAUUCUUUACCACUGAACCAUGAAGGAAGCUGAUUUGUUUAGUGGAAGUCCAAAGAGGGGAACUGACACAGAAGAGAUUUGCAUUUAAGGUGAGAAGUUUUCAAUCUGUCCCUCAAGGGCUUGGCUAAUUAACAGGAGCCUCGGAGAGACCCCUAAGUCUUCCUUUGUCAGAAACUAAAUGUGGUCUGGUCCAACAAGACCCUUCCUGGAAUGCUGGAUUUCAGCAUCUGCCUCCUCAUCUCUGCACUCUGACGUCAUGGGAUCAGGGAAACCAGCUGUUUAUUCCUUAGUCCCGGCUGAUCUGGGGAUGUGCACCAUGCAUUUCAUCCCUCUGGGCUUUAGUCUUCCAUUUGCUACGUGGGGAACUGGGGAGAGAUCAAGAUUUUCAAGCUUUCUGAAAAUGAAAAAAUGAAAUCGUGCCCAGAAGACCUCUUGUUGGAUCCCUGUGCAGACUGAGGCUCUGUGCUAGAUGAAGCAGGGAUGGGGGUUUCAGUGCUUGUUUUCUCAGCCUCUUGGCUGAAAUCCCAGUGCUCCCCACUGUAGAAUAAACACCAUGGGGCUUGGCCAGUGUCUCCUUGAUGUUAUCUGUGUACUUGCAACACACUUUUGGCAUGUCUGUGUGUUCCUGUCACAAUACUUGUACCUAAAUUGAUGCAUUUUUUGUAACAUUUAAAUGACCACAUAAACAGCAUUGUCAUGCACUUGAAAAAGAACCAGCCAGAAAACAGCACUGAUACUUAAGAUGAGAAGAGAUCAACAUUUGUUAAACAUGUACACAGCAACGAUCUAGCGUUAAAUACACAGAACUCCAAGACAUUUCUGACAAAGGAAGGUCUCAGACUCAUUUCUUUCCAAGUGGGCAUGGAGGGAAAUGCAUAGUUAUUUAUAAUAUGAGGGCCAUUUUUCAUGCAUAUAGUAUUUUCUAUGUCUUAUGGGUUUUCAUUAUUAGUGUUCUAACUUCAAUAAAUAAGUUAUUUGAAGUCAGAUUUAGAGAAUAUUAGACCUUCCCUUGUAAUCUUCAGUGACAUUUACUUAGUAUAUGGGUGUAUGUGUCCUGAGUCUAGUGGCUUUGAAUUAAGAAUGUAUAAAAAGCACUGGUGUUAGACUCAGUGGAGCAGGAAGUGUUAUUUGCUAACAUGACCCCAGAGACCUGCUUAAUUUCAGUGAUAAAUUGGUGCAUUUUUAAUACAUUUACCUUUUGAAAGGAAAACUUCCUGCCAGUAUCAUAAAUAGAAAACCAAUAUUCCUCAGUGGCAGCCAUCCUAAACAGAAAGGAACUGUAAAAUUAUUAAGUUCUAAUUACAGACUAUUGCCCAUGGAAGGGUUUGAGCCUGGCCUUUGCUGCCCCCUUUUCUUUCUUCUUUCCCUCCUCUCUUCCUCUCCCUUUUUCUUUAUUGCUAUUGUUGUUUUUCAGUUGCUUACUCGUGUCUGACUCUUUUCAAUCCCAUGGACUGUAGCCCGCCAGGC